CAUUGUCACCAUAGCUCCCUUCACAUCCAGGGGUAUUAGUGCCGCCCAGCAGCCUAAACCUGCAGAAGCCGCUGCCUCGCCCCCUCCCCCCUUGUGUCCUCUUUGCAGACAAAAAGCUGGAAUAACUGCCCCACCAGUUUUGAGCAGACACUUUAACUCAUCGGCUUUCACUGAUCACUGACGGCAGCAUUUCAACUUAGAUACAACAGGUGACACAUCCCCUCCCCGGUUUCCCAGCAGGCAGGCAUGGCAGACGGUCAGCAGCCAGAGGAGCACUGGGCCUCCAACGGCCAGGAGAACGGCGAGAACGGCUACUCCGCCUACAGCUCGGCCUACAGGGAGAAUGGAUACCACGGUGGGGCAGCUGCACAUCCUGGAACGACAGUGGAUGACUCAGCCAAUUUGCCUCCCUCCCCUCCCCCCUCUCCAUCCGCUGAGCAGAUUGGGCCUGUGGCACAAGAUGACAAAGUAGAGGUUGUCAGUCAACAGCAGGAUGAGGAGGAGGCUCCAGAGGAGCCCAACAGUUACCAGAAGGAUGUGACAUUUGAGCAGCCAAGAGAUUUGCUCUUAGAGCAGACAGAUUAUUUAACAGAGCCCCAGGCUUUGGGCUGCCAGCAAGCCCAGACCCCUGAGGCCCUCAAUGGAGGAAAUCAUCAAGGUGAUCACAACCCAUCACAAAAAGCCCAACCAGAAGAGAGAGUGAGUAAGGCAUCAUGUGAGUCCGCUAUGAAAGAAGAUGAAACGUCGCUACAUGAGAAACAAAGAGCAGAAUCUGAAGGAGAAGAGCUUGCCUCGAAUGAACUUCCCCUUCCUUCUGAGAAAGACAAAGCUCUCACCUGCUCUUCCUCGACAGAGCAGCCUAUUCAAGACAAAGAGGGUAGAAAGGAAGAGGCCACUGAAGGCAAAAUACUUUUGGAGUCUAAAGAAAAAGAAACAAAAGAAUCUAUGCCAACAGAGGCCUCAUCAAAACUUAUGGCAGAAGAAAAAGCAGGAAUGAUCUUACCAAGUGAAUCAAGAUCAAACAUGAAGGAAAUCAAGGAAAAACCAGGUGCAACUGAGGCAAUCAAUAAAGAGGGCCAACAUGGUGUGGGUGAUUGUAGAUUGCAUCAGACACCACCAGCCGCUGAUGUUCAGAAAGCUGAUGUGAGGCAAGAAACGAUGAAGUCAAGUCCAAAACUUAGCAAAGAAUUGAAAGCCGCAUCAGAUGUUUCUGUAGAACAAGCAUCAGGAUCAAGAACCUACUUUGACACAUCCUCAGGAGGCCAAGAAGAAGAGUCACCACAAACCCAAAGCUAUUAUGAGCUCAGCACAGCAGUGGAGACAAAAUUAAGUGGAGAUAAUGAAAGCGUUGUGCAAAAGAUUGAGAAACAACAGGAGCAAAAGGUCAAGACAUCUGCUGGUAAAAUGCCGUUAGAACAAAGAAGUCUUUCCUUGAACAUUAUUGUGUCUUCGGCCGGACAGACCGUGAAGGAGGAGAAAUCAAAGACCACCUCAGAAAACUUGUGUCCAAUCAGUGAAGGUUUUGAAGAAUCAGAGGUUUAUCCUUCAACUCCAUCUGUGGAGAACUAUCCACAUACAUUUCCUCCAGCUGUCUCCAUUACCCCGACUAACAUUGACUCACCUGAAGAUAUCCCCACUGUGACUGAAGAGCCUUUACCUUCUGAUAAGCACACAACUAGUUUUAAACAACCAGGAAGCCUCUCUGAGAUGUUGGACCUGGCUGGCACCCUGCCUAGUCCAUCCCUAGAGAGGAUGGAGGUUGACUACAUGAGACGAAAGUCAGUGCCUGCCAAUGUAUCAGCUCUUGUGGGAAGUUCUUUAGCCAAGCUUGCCUUGACAGACCAAGCCCCAAGAGCGGUAUUGCAAGAAAGCCAGCUGGAGGAGGUGGGCUACUGUGUCUUCAGUGAGUAUUCAGGGCCCAUGCCUUCUCCUGCUGAUGUACCCAGUCCCGGGGACUCUCCACACCAGCAUUUCCCUUCUGUAGAGGGUGAACUAGAGGAGGAUCUAGGGGCUUUGGAAGCAGAGGGUGUUCAAAAAGAAAUACAACAAGAUCGUAAAGAAAUCAUCCCUGUGAGCUCUCAAAAACCAGUGAUAGAAAAGAAAGACUCACCAAUAAAGUCUAACCUGAUUCUUGAAAAAGCUGUAACCAGUGGAAUAAAACCAGAUCGACUAAGAAUCCCAAUGACCACCUCGAAGGACAGACUUAGUGAAUUUCGUUUGGAGACUGGACUGCCUGGGGACAUAAAGAUCCAAGCUAUCCCUGAGGUAGAUGUUGAAAAAGACCCCUCAAGAGAGGCUUCACCUAUCCCACCAGACAGUUCAUUCACUUUCACUCCUACAGAAACUGGAAGCAAGGUUCCUCCAACUCCUACCACCCCCAAGUCCCCAGAUGAUACACCAUCAGAAACCCAAAUUGUAGGAGAGGAAGCCCAGAAAGAUAUCUUAUCAGAGGUAAAAGCAGAGAAUGAUUCAGAAUCUGAAAAGGUUGAUAAUAACGAGUCAGAGUUAGACAAAGAAAAUUUGAAACCUGAGCAGAAAGGAUCUGAAGAAAGAAGUGCUGAACCAGAAAUGCCAAACAAAGACAUGCCUUCAGGACUAUCUCAGUCUUUAGAAGAGAGCACAGACAAAGAUAAGACAAUCCAAAGUGAGCAUGAGACAACUACAAGAUCAGAAGAGACAGACAAGCAAGAGACCUUAAACACUCCUCAGGAUUUAAGCACUAAAAAGCACACAGAUGAGAAAGGUGACCAAAACCAGCUACAACAAAGGAGUCUGGAAAAAGAUUUACCAAAGCCACAAAUAUCUUCUCCAAUCAUCAUUAUCCCUCAAGCACAAGUAGACGAAGAAGCAGAGGAAGAUGAUGAUAUCGAGAUUGCUGAAGAGCCUCAAGAGAUAAUGGAAGAAACUGAAGAGCCAGAUCAAAGAGAGAAGAAUCGAACUGGAGAACCUGGGAGGGAAGAGCAAAAGACAGAGCAAGUGAGAUUGAUGGUAGAUGACCAGAUGUUGGAAGAAGAUCCCAAGUCUGGAGCAGAAGAAUGGAGUCACAGUGCUCAAAACAGCGAUGAACCUGCAACAGACAGUUCACACUUGUCUCCAUGCUCUGACCAUGAGCUCCCACAGCAAAAGGAGGAAGGAGGCAGAGAACAAGACAUGGUAGCAGAUAAAAUAGCAGAGAACUUACUGAUAGAUAAGGUGGAAGGGAAGACAGAAGAGAACGAAGUGAAAAAGAAAGAAAAAACAAGGGCGGAGGAGGAAGGGGAGGAAGUUGAUUUGGACCAUGAAAUGAUAGAAGAAGGUGAUGGGAAGAAGGGGAAGAGGGAGGAGGAGGAGAAGGAGAAAGACAAUGAGGUUGGUCAGGAGGUGGAAGAGACCUCAGAUGUUCUAAGCCAGACCAAUCAAGCACCUAACGAUGAAACCACCAUGGACGUGUCCAUCCUAGAUACAGACAGUGGCUGGAUGGAUUCACAAGAUGAUGACAAAAGUAUUAUGACUGAGCAAAUCGAAGCCCUUCCUCAGGCCCAGAGCUCGACCAGUAAGUCUGUGGCGGUGGACAGACCCGCUAAACGGGGCCCCGGCAGAUCAAGGGGCACCGCCGAGUGUAAAGUGUCCCGCAAAGUACUGAGCCACCAUCCACCAAGAGAGGAGAUAAAGAAGAAAAAAGUAGGCAUCAGGAGGGCUGACCAGAAUAAGGUGUCAGCCCUCCAAACUCGUUCUCCAUCUCGAAAGGGUGUAGCCAAAGUGGCGGCCAGACAUCCUAGGCCCGCUCUGCUUCACGGCUCUGCUAGACGCAAGGUCACAGGUGUGGAGCACCAUCAGCCCCUCAGUGUGGCCCACCAGUCCAGGGAGAGGACCACUGAGAGAGCAUACCGGAGCCCUGAGAAGAAGUCAUCCCUCCCCCGGCCGGCCAAGUCUCUGACACGCCACAUCCCUGCUGCUGAACAAGAAGACAGCAGCACCCCCUCCAGGCCAACCUCGAUCCGAACAGCGGACAGCAGGUCUGGAAGAGCCCCUAGUAUGGCAGGUACAGACUCGGCACGUUCCCGAUCAGUCCAUAGCGGGGCCUCCACCCCGGGCUCCUCUGCCGUCACACCUGGCACGCCCCCGAGCUACUCCUGCCGCACACCCGGCUCACGCACCCCGGGCAGCCACACGCCCAAGUCCUUCAGCGUCCUCCAGGAGAAGAAGGUGGCGGUGAUCCGAACCCCACCCAAAUCGCCAUCCUCUAUCCAGCGGCAGCUGAAGGUUGUCAGUCAGCCCCUGCCUGACCUGAAGAAUGUAAAGUCCAAGAUCGGCUCCACCUCCAACAUUAAACAUCAGCCAAAGGGCGGACAGGUCAUGAUUCCAAGCGUUAAGCUGGACUUUAGCCACGUUAAGUCUAAAUGUGGCUCCCUGGACAAAAUCCAGCACUCAGCAGGUGGAGGAAACGUCCAAAUCCAGACCAAGAAGAUCGACUUGAGCCAUGUCACCGCCAAAUGUGGCUCCAUGUCCAACAUCCACCACAGACCAGGGGGAGGUAAUGUCCGUAUCGAGAAUGUGAAGCUGGACUUCAAAGAGAAGGCCUUCGCCAAGGUCGGCUCCCUGGAGAACACCAGCCACACUCCCGGAGGCGGGAAUGUCAUGAUCGAGAGCCACAAGCUGAAUUUCCGGGAAACGGCCAAAGCUCGGGUGGAUCACGGCGCGGAAAUCAUCGUCACCCACUCCCCCGGCAUCGAGACGGGAGGCACCUCCCCUCGCCUGUCCUCCGGCGGCAGCAUCAACCUCCUGGAGUCGCCCCAGCUUUCCACGCUGGCCCAGGAUGUCACCGCUGCCCUGGCCAAGCAGGGCUUAUGAGCCAGCUGCCUCUGCUUAGGAAAACAAAAAAAAUCCACACCAUCACUACUCCUCCUUUUCCCAUCAUUCCCAUCAUUGGCAUCGGGUGUUUUCCUUUUACUGCAACAUAACCCCCACACACACUUGACCCCCACAGUUGUAGCUGAUUGAUUGUCUCGUUCGUCAACAAUCCCUCCGGCCGUUCCAGCGGGAUUUUAAAAACUGAAUUCUUGAAAAAUCUUCAUGCGCCCCUGUCAGCCUGCUUUUUCAUCCUUCCAUUCACUGAAAUCUGGACUUUUCUGUUCUGUUUAAGAUAAGCUGAAUGCUAAGGUUCAAGUAUCUACGAAGGCAGUUUUAUGAUUGUACAGUAUUUUGUUUUUGUUUUUCUUUUUUUUGAGGGGAGGGACUGCGUUGAAAAGCACCGCCACAUUCCACUCACAUGGGGCUGAAACUUUAAGGUGGACCCACGCAUAACGUCCAUUCAGAAUUUAUAUGGUACUGAAUGCAAGAUAUAGCUACUAGAUAGUAGGCGCUAGUCUUAAAGCUAAGCGAGAGACUUCACUUACAGUGUAACUGAGCUGCAGAAGAAUGGCUGAUGAGCAUGUCUGCAAAAAUAUGACAUGAACUUUGCUUUGUUUGUUUGUUGGAUUUCAUGAUUUCCUGAAUUGUGCUGAAUUGUGUUCUCUUGUUU